CUCCCCAAUCAAACUCCACUCUACUCCUUCGAACUCCUCUCUCUCUCUCUCUCUCUCUCUCUGCACAUUUUCUCUGUGAUUACGCGCUUUCCAAUGGCGGGCAAGGAGAAACAGGAGUUCUUCAUUGACAGCGAAGAAGACAGGACCGAGGUCGAGAGCGAGGAGGAUGACUUUGAAGAGAAUGGAGGAGAGGAUCAGAGCAGCUGCCGUGAGGAUGAGGGCGAUGGAGAUGGGGAUGACCAGCGCUCCUUCACCUCUCAGCAGUGGCCUCAGAGUUACAGAGACUCUAUUGAUCCAUACACCAUCACAGUAUUACCAGGCUUUGGAACUCUCGGACGUUCACCAAGUGUCAGAUACUCAGCCCUCGAUCAUAAUUUCUCCAAGAGUCAGAUAGAUACUGAUUCGAGCGCUCCUUUCCUGACCGAUUAUGAAAUUCAUUAUCAUAAGGAGGACCCCACCAAAGUCUCGAGAAUACUGUCAGAAUAUUCAACUAAAUCUACAAUCUAUAGGCAUCCCACAGGAGAAUUGCCCCUUAGCCAUGGAUGUAACUUCAUCCAAACUGUUUUCAAUGGGAUUAAUGUAAUGGUUGGAGUCGGGCUUCUUUCUACCCCUUCAACUGUAAGAGAAGCUGGCUGGGCAAGUAUGGCAAUUUUACUCCUUUUUGGGGCAAUUUGUUGUUACACUGCCACUCUCAUGAAAUGCUGCUUUGAGAGCAAACCGGGAAUAAUCACAUACCCAGAUCUAGGAGAAGCUGCAUUUGGGAAAUAUGGGCGUCUUAUCAUAUCUAUUAUUUUGUAUACAGAAUUAUAUUCGUAUUGUGUGGAGUUCAUUAUUUUGGAGGGAGACAACCUUACCAGGCUAUUCCCUGGAGUCUCACUGGAUUGGGUCGGUCUUAAAGUGGAUUCUAUGCACCUCUUCGGUAUUUUAACAGCUCUUGUUGUACUACCAACAGUUUGGUUAAGGAAUCUUCGUGUCAUAUCGUACCUUUCAGCUGGUGGUGUUCUUGCUACAUUCGUGAUUUUCUUUUGCGUGCUGCUAGUUGGUACUGUGGAUGGGAUUGGAUUCCAUGAAUCGGGUCCAGUAGUCAAGUGGAAUGGCAUUCCUUUUGCAAUUGGUGUAUAUGGUUUCUGCUAUUCUGGGCAUUCUGUAUUUCCCAACAUUUAUCAAUCAAUGGCCGAUAAGUCAAAAUUUAGCAAGGCGAUAGUUGUAUGUUUUCUCUUGUGCGUCAUACUCUACGGGGGCGUUGCAAUCAUGGGAUAUCAAAUGUUUGGUAUGAAAACGUUGUCCCAGAUAACUCUAAAUAUGCCACCAAAUUCCGUUGCUUCCAAAGUUGCAAUAUGGACUACAGUUAUUAAUCCAUUGACAAAAUAUGCAUUGUUAUUGAACCCGCUGGCCAGAAGUAUCGAGGAACUCCUACCUCCCAUGGUUGCAGAUAGUUACUUGAGCUUUGUUCUUAUUAGAACAGGACUCGUCCUCUCCACUGUUGUCGUUGCUUUCAUUAUUCCUUUUUUUGGUCUUAUGAUGGCUUUAAUUGGUUCUCUUUUCUGUAUACUUGUGGCAAUCAUAAUGCCGUCGUUAUGCUUCUUGAGGAUAAUGAGGGGUAAAGCUACGAGGACACAGGUCAUGCUAUGCACAGGGAUUAUAGUGUUGGGCAUCAUUAGUGCUGUCCUGGGAACAUAUUCGACACUCUCGCAGAUCGCAAAGCAUUACUGAGUCUUGAACUUAAGAUAUAGUUCUCUGGUCAGCUAUUAGCAUCACAUAGCUAGAGGCCAUUUGCUUUGUUUCCAUGAAAUGUCAGUGGCAGAGAGGUUCGUAGUUUUGAUGCUUUAAGAAUGAGGAACACUAAUUGAACAUCUUUGUAGACAGUGUACAUGGGAACACAAUAACCUUUGAGGAUGAGACAUAGCCUUGCUGUUCACUUUGCUAUGUGGUAUGUAAGUUUAGACAUGGCUAUGAUUUGAUACUUUUGAUCUAUUUUUCUUCAAUUC